CUGUCACUCCCACUGUGAUGAAGCCACCAUCCAUCAAAAAAUCUCUAUCAUCAUCAGUUGUUUUAUCAACUCCUCCAUGCCCCCCACUCUGCAGAUAGACAUCCCUGCUGAUCAGGCGCAACGUAUUCUGGAGAAGUGCCACCAGCUUGGCCCUUACAUCUUCAGAGAGGCGCAGGUGUUGGUGUUCAGUGAAUUGCUCAGGUUUUGGCCAGAGUUCCAAGAAUUUAGCAGCACAGUCCAAGAUGAACAGCUACUUCCUCUGCUGCAGAAGAAGAGAAUCAAACUAAAAAACAGAGAAUGGAGGCAGAGGAGGAAAGAGGAGGAAGAUGAGAGAAGAGCACAGGAGGAGCAGGAGAGAGAGUUGUGUGGUCGAGAAGAGGAGGAUGAGGGAGAUAAUGAAGAUGAUAAACAACAAGAGGAAACGAUAUAG